AUGGGGCAGACUGCCGCCAAGGUUGCAAAAGAAGAUGUUACUACACUCCAAGCUGCAAAUCAAACUCCGCCGAUGGAGAACACGAAUCCAACUCUUGGCCCUCAGAGUGACAUUGCCCCACUGCCCAAGGCUGCCACUGUCAUUACUACUGCUCCAGCUCCAGCUUCUGCUCCUAUCGAUGCUACACCUACAACUUCCGUCGACCCCACUCCUACUACCCCUUUGGGUGAGGCCUUUCUUGCUCAAGCCAAUGCUGCGCCCACUUCUCAUAGUGCUGACACAUUCUUUGCUAGUAUUGAUGAACUUUUCGGUGACAUUGGAGGUGACAUCGACAGUAAG